AUGCCGUUUCCACUCUUCUUGCACCGCAGCUUUGACACUCAGCUGUCUCCCGUGGCGGCAUCGAUUAUCGACUGGGCGCCUAUGCGCCGCGGUGGUCAAUCGGAUUCUGACCUGUCGCAAGAUGUACAGCUGUCUGCGGAACGUCAGUCAGCUAUGCAGGAUGGCGUCAGACAUGCUGUUCGUCGCGAACGGGAGCAGAUUGGUGAGGCCCGCCGUCGCGUCAGUAUUCCUUCCAUUGAGAGUCAGGGUGUGGCGGAUGGCUUUACGGGACGUCUGUCGCAGUCGAUUCGGAAGAGCGGAGCCGUGACGGCCAGCAAGAGCUCACCUGUCCGUCUUGAGCAAUGUCAGCUGAUGGUGAACUCAUAUGCGGCAAUGCCACUCUUUACACGCGGUACCCUAAGCUUGAAUGCAGGGUUAUUUGCAGCUGUAGGGUUGACGGGUGGUCCCUCUUCCUCUUCCUUAUUUCCGGUGUCGUCGGCUCGGCGUCCCUUCUUUCACACGAGUGACGUGCUACAACUGGAGUGCAUAUGGGGGCGCAUGUAUUGGACGGGCGUUUUGAAUGUUGUCUGCUUCUCGUGGCGAUCAAAGAUGUUUCCGUUGUUUGAAUUCAUUGGGAUUACGCCCAGUGUGGACUGGUCUGUGCAGGCAGAUGGGUUGUUGUUUAACUGGAAUGGUUUUUGGCGCGUAUUUGUUCGAGGGGAUCGUCGUCGUCGUCGUGAUUCUCUCAUCUCUAUGAAGACGCCUGCGGAUCCGGCCCCGCGUCAUAGAGACGUUGCGGGCAGCAGCAGCAGCAGCAUGAUGGAAGCAAUUAAACAGCCCGAUGUUGUGGCAACACUAGCAAAGACCAACUCACCAACACGUGAGUCGGCAGUAGUUCCUGCCCCGAUGACUGUAGAUGGCAGCAAGGGGAUUCGAGGCGAGGAACACCACCCGCGUGUAAGUGCGACAGAGCAUUAUGAAAGUGUGCAGGAGGGCGCCGCCUCUGUAAAAGGGGCCACGCUCGCCGCGGGGGACUCGCCCAAGCCACAAAAGCAUAUCGGCAAGCACAAUGACGUGGCGGACGAGCAUUACGCAAAUGAAGCGCUCGCGCACCCCACAAGUAGUGGGGAAAAGUACAGAUGGUGGCAACUCGAGGAGCUUCGUUGCGGCGCCGGCUUCGCCGUGAAGAACGAUUUGGCGAGCGGUGUGAAUGUGUACUGCGGCUGUAGCGCCCAUAUGGGCCGACAGCUGACCGUCUCCACGCACGUGGACGCGCUUCGCCGCACCUGCUGCUCCAUCACAUCCACCACCGCGUCGCUCGACCUCGCCACACGCCUGCGGAUGAAUCUUAUCACUUGGCACCGCACCGAGCUGGACGCAGGAAUUGGCUGGCGCCCACUCAAGCACGCCCCUGGUAUUACGUGCAGACUCUCACACUCGAUGGGCCGCACCUUCGUUGGUGUCACCGUCGCAGACGUUGUGGCACAAUGUGGUAAGGUGUUACGCUGGGGAAAGGACGGACCGCAGCACCCCGGCGAUGGCAAUGCAAAGAGGACCAGGGGACAGCACGCCGCGGGUGCUACUGUGAAUUCUCCAGAAACAGGUUUGUCAUCAUCAUCAUCAUCAUCAUCAUCGGUGUGCUGGUAUGAUCCUUACCUGGGGUGGUUGACGCAUGUGGGUGGCUUGCUCUCUGCCAUGGCCUCAGCAACUGCCACUCCCGCAGCUGCACCUGUGAAGAGAACGGCGGCUCAUGCGCUAAGUAUGCGUGAACGUCUAUCCCAAGCCACGCGAAGAGGCUUCGAGUGCGCCAAGGCUCUCUCUUGCGAAAUGGAGUUUGACCUCACUCUGGGUGUGGGAACGGAACGGCCACAUGCAAAAGGACUAAGGCUCUUCGUUUCCCUCUCCGCACACUAG